UCCCGCCGGCUCCAGCGCGUGUCCGCGGAGCGCGCCAUGGCCUCUCGGGUGACCGCCCUGCUCCUGCCGCUGGCCCUGCUGCUCCGUGCCGCGGCGGCCAGCGGGCCCAGCCGGUUCCGCAUGACGCCGCCGAAGGUGGUGGGACAGCUGCACGCGCAGGUGGAGCUGCAGUGCCAGGUGCUGCUGUCCACCGCGGCGCCGGGCUGCUCGUGGCUCUACCAGAGGAAUGAGCCAGCCGCCCGCCCCGUCUUCCUCAUGUACAUCUCCCAGAGCCGGGCCAAGCCGGCCGAGGGCCUGGACACCAAGCACAUCUCCGGCCAGAAGAAGACCGACAGCACCUACAGCCUCACCCUGAGCCGCUUCCGCAAGGAGGACGAGGGCUACUAUUUCUGCUCUGUCCUGAGCAACUCCAUUCUGUACUUCAGCCCCUUCGUGCCGGUCUUCCUGCCAGUCAAGCCCCCCACUACGCCGGCGCCGCGGCCACCCACGCGGGCGCCCACCAACGCGUCCAAGCCGGUGUCUCCGCGCGGGGAGACCUGCCGGCCUGCGGCGGGCAGCGCAGUGAAAACAAGUGGGUUAGACUUCGCCUGUGAAAUCUACAUCUGGGCACCCCUGGCUGGGACCUGCGCCGUCCUUCUCCUGUCACUGGUCAUCACCAUCAUCUGCAACCACAGGAACAGAAGACGUGUUUGCAAAUGUCCCAGGCCCGUGGUCAGACCAGGAGGCAAGCCCAGUCCUUCAGAGAAAUAUGUCUAACAUGGAGAUGGAUCCUGUGUGGCAGCCACUACAAGACCAAAUAGAAUUCUUUUUAUGAGAACAGCAACAGUCCCUCCCUUUUGGUUUUUCCGGACUUCUUCUUUUCUUAUGUAUCCAUUCUCAUUAUUACUUUUGUGGGGGUUGGGGG